AUGGCGACGAUGACGCUAUCGUUGAGACGUUUCGCGGCUCAUUCCGCCGCGGCGCGCGCGCCUGGGACGAAGCGAUCGCGCACGGUCGUCCGCGGCGUCGUUCGCGGGACGCACGGGCGUAAAAGAUGGACGAUCGUGGCCAAGGCGGAUGGGGAGCCGGCGAGCGUGAGCGCGUCGUGCUCCAUCGACGACCCGGCGUCGUGCUCGCUGGCCGAUCUUGAGUUGAUGUACGUCGACGCGCUGUGGAAUUACUACAACGGUGGGAAAUUCACGCUGACGGACGAGCAGUACGAUCGAUUGAGAGAAGAGCUCAACUGGCAAGGGAGCGGGUUUCCGACUUUGCGGAGAUACGAGAUUGAAUUCGUGCAAGCCGCGAUCUCGUACUCUCGCGGGGAGGCGGUCGUGGACGACGCCAAGUACGAGGAGUUGAAGCGAAAGGUUAAGGCUGCGGGAAAGCGCACCGACGUGACGGCGCUGCUUCUGUACGCCAAGGGGAAAGAACUCCUCGAUGAGGCGGAGUUUGAACUCUUGUCGGGGGAGAUGAAAAAGUUAGGGAUCGAUGUCGGCAUGAGAGGGGCGACGUGCACGCUUUCGCAGACGAGCGCGGAACUUUCGAACGAUCCGGCGAGCGUGGCGUCGAUGUACAGCGCUCUCGCCAUCGCGCCCUUCGCCGUGGGAUUGGCGCCGAGCAUCCUCCUGGGAUUUGUCGGCGUCCACCUCCCGGCGUCCCUCUCCCUCGGCUUCGCCCUCACCGUUUGCGCCGCGCUCACGUACAAGCUCGUAGUCUACACCAAUCUGCAAAACGCCGAAAUUUUGCUCGGCGCUUGCCCGUGCUGCGAGAUGCCCAUCAAGCAGUUCUUCGGCGGCGAGGCUCCGUUGGAGAAGUUUGAGCACAAGUGCUCCGCGUGCGGCACGGUGUGCACGCUCAACCGACCGCAGCGGCUCAUCGAGACCGCUGGUGGUUUAGGCCGCGCUUAG